AAGGUUCACUUCAGUUCGAAGACAAAUGGGAUUUCAUGCGCCCAAUUGUUCUGAAACUUCUUCGUCAGGAGUCUGUCACAAAACAGCAAUGGUUCGAUCUGUUUUCAGAUGUACAUGCAGUUUGCUUGUGGGAUGAUAAAGGUCCAGCUAAAAUCCAUCAGGCUCUGAAGGAAGACAUCCUUGAUUUUAUUAAACAGGCACAAGCAAGAGUGCUGAGUCAUCAAGACGACACAGCUUUGCUAAAAGCAUAUAUAGUGGAGUGGCGCAAGUUCUUCACGCAGUGUGAUAUUUUGCCCAAGCCAUUUUGUCAAUUAGAGAUUACUUUAAUGGGCAAGCAGGGCAGCAACAAGAAGUCUAAUGUAGAAGACAGUAUUGUUCGAAAGCUCAUGCUAGACACGUGGAAUGAAUCCAUAUUUUCCAAUAUAAAAAACAGACUUCAGGACAGUGCAAUGAAGCUAGUUCAUGCGGAAAGACUAGGAGAAGCUUUUGACUCUCAGCUCGUUAUUGGAGUUCGGGAAUCAUAUGUUAACCUUUGUUCUAAUCCUGAAGAUAAACUUCAGAUAUAUCGGGAUAACUUUGAAAAGGCAUAUUUGGAUUCAACAGAGAGAUUUUAUAGAACUCAGGCUCCUUCUUAUUUACAACAAAAUGGUGUACAGAAUUAUAUGAAAUAUGCAGAUGCUAAACUAAAGGAAGAAGAGAAAAGAGCACUACGAUAUUUAGAAACAAGACGUGAAUGUAACUCUGUAGAAGCACUAAUGGAGUGCUGCGUCAAUGCCCUGGUGACGUCUUUUAAAGAGACUAUUUUAGCCGAAUGCCAAGGCAUGAUCAAACGAAAUGAAACAGAAAAGUUGCAUUUAAUGUUUUCACUGAUGGAUAAAGUUCCGAAUGGCAUAGAGCCUAUGUUGAAGGACUUGGAAGAACACAUUGUUAGUGCUGGACUUGCAGACAUGGUAGCAGCUGCUGAAACUAUUACUACUGAUUCUGAGAAAUAUGUAGAGCAAUUGCUCACACUGUUUAAUCGGUUUAGUAAGUUGGUUAAAGAAGCUUUUCAAGAUGAUCCAAGAUUUCUUACUGCAAGAGAUAAGGCAUACAAAGCAGUUGUGAAUGAUGCUACAAUAUUUAAACUUGAAUUGCCAUUGAAGCAAAAGGGUGUUGGAUUGAAAACACAGCCUGAAUCCAAAUGCCCUGAGCUUCUUGCUAAUUACUGUGACAUGUUGCUAAGAAAAACACCACUAAGCAAAAAACUAACCUCUGAAGAAAUUGAAGCAAAGCUUAAGGAAGUGCUUUUGGUACUUAAAUAUGUACAGAAUAAAGAUGUUUUCAUGCGAUAUCACAAAGCUCACUUAACGAGACGUCUGAUAUUAGAUAUAUCAGCUGAUAGCGAAAUUGAGGAGAAUAUGGUGGAAUGGCUCAGAGAAGUGGGAAUGCCAGCAGACUAUGUAAACAAGCUGGCUAGAAUGUUCCAGGAUAUCAAAGUCUCUGAAGACUUGAACCAGGCCUUCAAAGAAAUGCACAAAAAUAAUAAACUUGCUUUACCAGCUGACUCUGUGAAUAUUAAAAUUUUAAAUGCUGGAGCCUGGUCCCGAAGUUCUGAAAAAGUGUUUGUGUCACUGCCCACGGAAUUAGAAGAUCUCAUCCCAGAAGUUGAAGAAUUUUAUAAAAAGAAUCACAGUGGUAGAAAACUCCACUGGCACCACCUCAUGUCCAACGGAAUUAUCACAUUUAAGAACGAGGUUGGCCAGUAUGACUUGGAGGUGACAACAUUUCAGCUAGCUGUGCUGUUUGCGUGGAACCAAAGACCCAGAGAGAAGAUCAGCUUUGAAAAUCUUAAACUGGCAACUGAACUCCCUGAUGCAGAACUUAGGAGGACUUUAUGGUCUCUUGUAGCAUUUCCAAAGCUGAAACGUCAGGUUUUAUUAUAUGAACCUCAAGUCAAUUCACCCAAAGACUUUACAGAAGGAACCCUCUUCUCGGUGAACCAGGAGUUCAGUUUAAUAAAAAACGCUAAAGUUCAGAAAAGGGGCAAGAUAAAUUUGAUUGGUCGAUUGCAACUUACCACAGAGAGAAUGCGGGAAGAGGAAAAUGAAGGAAUAGUCCAGCUAAGAAUAUUACGAACCCAGGAGGCUAUCAUCCAAAUAAUGAAAAUGCGGAAGAAAAUUACUAAUGCCCAGCUGCAGACUGAACUGGUAGAAAUAUUGAAAAACAUGUUCUUGCCACAAAAGAAAAUGAUAAAAGAGCAAAUUGAAUGGCUUAUAGAGCACAAAUAUAUCAGAAGAGAUGAGUCGGAUAUCAACACCUUCAUAUACAUGGCAUAACUGGAGGACUCUGCAGGAUGCUGAGGACAGACAUGGGAAGGUGCUUGGACAGACAGCUGCAACAGUUUGUGCUGCAGAAGAACUUGUUUUGACUUUCGUUACUUAUUAAAAUCCCUGCCUUACCUUACAGAGGACUAUAUUUUGCCAAUCUCAUUCAGCUAGCAUGAUGGCAUUCCCUUCAUGUUGCACACUUUUAACAGCAUGCUGUUUUGUGGGAAACUUGCAUUCAUGAAGAGCCCAUUGUGAACUUUUCAAAGUAGAUUUGAUUUAUACCCACCAGGAAGAAUACAGGUUUGGGUUUUUAGAUGACCAGUACUUGCACAAGGAAAAAAUAUUCAAAUAUUCAUGCACUGAGGAACUGCUAUUAGUUUUGUUUUGGGUUUGUUGUUUUGGUUUUCUUUUUUUUUGUUUUGCUUGG